UGACGUUGGAUUGCUCUGGUGUUGAUUAACACGGCCUGAUCCAGCAGCUUCACACUAGCUCCGUGCUAAACGCACACUCUCACACACUGUGAAUUAAUAGUGGCGUUUUUUGUUUUUGUUUUUUGUCUGAAAUCUCGCUGAGUAUUUUAAAACAAUGGCUGAUGAAGAAUUAGAAGCCAUCAGACGGCAACGUAUGGCCGAACUGCAGGCGAAACAUGCGGACCCUUCCAGUGAGCAGCAAGGACAGCAGGAGGCCAAACAGAGAGAGGCAGAGAUGAGGAAUUCUAUAUUGGCUCAAGUGUUGGAUCAGUCCGCCCGUGCCAGGUUGAGUAAUUUGGCUCUUGUAAAGCCAGAUAAAGCAAAAGCUGUGGAGAAUUACCUGAUACAGAUGGCUCGCUUUGGACAGCUUGGAGGAAAGAUUACAGAGGCUGGUUUGAUAGAAAUCCUUGAAAAAGUCAGUCAACAAACAGACAAGAAGACCACAGUAAAGUUUAACCGGCGGCGGGUGAUGGACUCUGAUGAAGACGAUGAUGACUGAUAUGGGGGUGUCAACAGUCCCGUGGGCUUUCUGUACUUGCAGGCAGGUUUAUCUGGUAAUUUGACAUCUGACCAGAGCACUAUCAUGACUGAACCACCAAUAGUCCUGCCCAAAACACAGUCUCUUUUGGCCAAGGACCCCUGAUCCGUGGCGUUACAGGAACUCUUCAUUUCAAUACGGUUUAUGUUCUUUCAUCUUUCACUUUAGCUCAUUCUGUUUUUGUUUCUUUGCUUCAAAACCACUCAACGCAACUACAGUUUGAGUUUUUUGAGAAUGCGGUGGACUUUUCUGAUCUCCUGUAUUGCAAUAGAUAUAACUGGGCCUCAUAUCUCUUUUUUUGAGGAAAUGUGUAUGUGCAAGUGUUUACAUAAUAAAAAGCCUUAAACUACA